AGUCUCGACUGGAAACGACUUAUUGCUGGCUCGCCGCUAUAAUAAUGAUCGCCCGUUUUGGACUAUUUCUCUACUUAUCAUUCGUUGUCAUACCAUUAGUCUUCGUGACUCGUCCGAGAAACCAUCACUCGGCCCUCAAGAGGCUCGACAGCCAUUACAAAGAGGACGAUGGCGAUAAAGCUGCUCGAGCAAAGUUACUUUGGGAUCUCAUUUUAACAAGAACCAAAGUCAGACACAAAGAGAGCAGGCAGCCUCGUCCUUUGCAAAAGAGUUUGCAGGUGUACACUGUUCCGCUUAAAGUUGGUCUUUGCAAAGACCAGCAUCCAUUAUGUGGCUCCUACGCGUUAAACGGACUUUGUGAUUGGCCUGGACUCUUCCAAGACCUCCGCGACAUCCAUGAGACAUGCGCACUUUCAUGUGGAUACUGCAAAAAGAACGUACGAAAUGGGGAGGUAGAUUUUGUUGGAGCUAACUGGAAUAAUCCAUGAUCCUUUUGUGGUUCGGGUUUUUUUCUUUAGACUAGAAACACAAUGUAAGGACUGAACGACGUCUACUAUGGCCGAGCCAAUCGGAUUGAUAUGUUUUAAUCUUAGCACCAUAAACCUAGGACGGGUUUCUUGAGACUCCAGUAAUUGUUAUCCUAACUGUGUGACCAAAGACAGCUCAGGCAAUCUUGGUAGUAUCUAAUUUUUCCUCAUUGUCCACAUUGUAGUUAAUGUUCAUCGAGGGAGAGAGAGAGAGAGAGAGAGAGAGAGAGAGAGAGAGAGAGAGAGAGAGAGAAAUAAAAAUCGCCAGGAUCGGCAUCAUUUACCUAGGACUUAGUAACUUGUUUUGACUUCUUCAAAGCGCUUGAUCUCAUCAAGCGUUUAAUACGUUGUGGUAAAGAUAAGUAUGAAAUUAAACGAGAAAUAAAAGUAGCAUUUUUAACAAAGAAGCUUUUACAUUGUCAUUCCAAAAGAAAUAAAAAGAGGAAAAAAGAAGUAGGAAUUAUCUUUUGAGUUCUGGGAAAGUGAUACAUUGUACCUAUGAUGUCUGACCAACGUUUAUUCUGGUAUAUUAAUGUGUAGGUUAUGUUAUUGAAGAAUAAAGGAGUUUUAAAAUU